CGGGAGGGAAGCGGAGGGCAUAGGAACUUUCUCGAGCUUCUCGCAGCGGUCCCGGGGGUGUGUGCGUGCGUUCCGCAUCCAUUUCUCCCUCGCCGGCGUCGCCGCCACCACACCCCUUCCACUCCUCUUCGUCGCCCCCAUCCCUGCGGCUCCUUUCCAGCCCCGGGCCAGUGCCGGUGGGCGAAGGAACCAGAGCGCGCGCCCCUGCCUCCAUAGCCGCGCAAGGGACAGCAGGCAGCCACGCCGCAGCUUCUCGAAGCUGCACCGCGACCUCAACAAGAAGUGACCGGACGGAGUAGCCGCCGUGGAGUACACGCGAUCUACCGCUCACCCGCGCCGGGGCUACCCCUGGAAGGAAGAACGUGUCUGUGGCGCAUCGAAGAAGAAUACACGUACGACCCGGCCGGGCUCCGCUUUUUCUACCUUUCCAAAGGCGUUUCUCGGGUACUCUUCUGUCUCCUCGGAAAGCGUCGUCUGCAAGUUGGAGGGGGGAAGCCGUGGACUUGAAGACGCGAGAAAGCCGCUGAGCCAGUGAUCCCUCGCCGCCGUCGCCACAAAGGGCUCGCCGAGAGGACGUGCCCGGACACGACGGUCACGAGGAGGAGGACAUGGCCUCUUCCUGGCAGCAGCAGCAGAAGGAGAUGCACCAGCAACAGCGGGAGCUGGAGCAUCAGCAACAGAGGCGCCUUCAGGAGCAGCUAGCCGCCGCUCGCGGCGCCUCGGCACCGCAGCAGCAGCAGCGGGCGGCGUCUUCGACGCCGUCGCCCCGCCAGCCGCCGUCUCCGGCCGGCGUGCGCGUCGUCGAGGUCAAGGCCGACGUCUGGAAGCCGCCCGGCUCCGCCGCGGCGGCGGCCAGGACCCCGGGGCAGCAGCAGCAGCAGCCGUCGCCCCAGUUCCACAAGCACGUGCAGUUCCAGACGCCGCCCUAUCCUGGCCAGGAGACCUCCCCGGCGAUCCAGAGGCCGCAGCCUUCGCCUUCGCCCAAGCCGUACAGACCGCCUCCCGGCGUUGCGGCGGGUACUAGCCAAGUCCAGUACGACCAGCCGUGGUACUCGACGCCGCCGCUGCAGCAGCAUCAGCAGCCUUCUCCGCGGUCUCAGCCCUCGCCGCGACUUGGGGUGGCGGUGCAGCAGCAGCAGCAGCAGCAGCACCACCACCCGGCGCAACUAACGAUCUUGACGACCCCGAACGUAACGAUAUCGACCGGCGCUGGUGGUGUGGGUGUGCCGAGUCCUCGUCGCGUGCCUCUGGACGUGGUGCCGCAGCCGUCGGGACAGCGCGUGUGGUCCGAGGAGCCCGUCUGCGAGUACGUGGAGCCCGGAGGACCCAGCCUGGCGCAACAGAUCGCCCAGCAGUCGCAGGAUUACGUGGACGAAAAGGAGCUCGAGUACCGGCUCGCCAUCCAGCAGCUGCAGAAUGAACAAGAGCGGGUGCAGAAGAAAGUGUUUAUGAACUGGAUAAACAACUUCCUCUCACAGAGAACGCCCCCUUUACGAGUAGACGACGUCAUCGAGGACUUACGAGAUGGCACGAAGCUCUUAGCUUUACUAGAAUGCCUAUCGGGACAAGUGUUGCCGAGGGAACGCGCUCGCAUCCUGCGGAGGCCUCAUUUUCUCAGCAACGUCAACACGGUCUUGCGGUUUUUGGAGCACAGACGGAUCAAGCUUGUCAACAUAAAUGCCACAGAUGUUGUGGAUGGAAAGCCUGCCAUUGUUCUUGGUCUCAUAUGGACUAUCAUUUUACACUUCCAGAUCGAGGAGCACACCCGUCUCCUCGCUGGCUCCCCAGCCUCCUUCGAGGACAGCUCCCUGGAGUCAACCACCCUCCAGGGGCAACUUGCUGCUCAACCCAUCUCUCCGAGGAAGCCGUCCGCUGCGGAGCGAUGGAAGGGGGGCGCUCGCAAGGCACUCCUGCACUGGGUCAAGAACAGCAUCAGCCAGCGGUUUGGUGUCCAAGUUAAUGACUUUGGACCGAGCUGGCGGGACGGCCUGGCCUUCCUGGCCAUCGUACACUGCAUCAAACCUUCCCUGGUGGACCUGGACUCUGCAAAGAAGAUGGACGCUCGAAACCGCCUGGAAAGGGCCUUCUCUCUUGCCGACCGAGAGCUGGGCAUCCCACGGUUACUCGACCCCGAGGACGUGGAUGUUGACCAGCCGGACGAGAGGUCUGUAAUGACUUAUGUGGCCCAGUUCCUGCACAAGUAUCCUGGCACAUAUGCCACGGAGCAGCCUCUCUCGCCCACCGUGUCCUCGCCGACGUCGGCUGCCCCAGGGCAGGACGACCUCUCCGUGCUUGAGUCCUUCCUCAAGCGGGCCGAGACCACCUUGCAGAUCCUCCAGAGGCCACUCACCAACCUACGAGAAGAGUACCAGAGCUACCUGAACCUGUGCCGAGACUUCGACGGGCACCGUGAACUCUAUGCCAGGCUGGAACGUCGUGCAGCUCGAGCAGACAGCACCGUCGUGCUGAGCCAAGCGUGGCCGCUCAUGCAAUCGCGCUGGCACGCAGUCGAAUCCGGACUAGCGCAGUGGCGUAAGCGGCUGGACGCCGCCCUUCCGGGCCGACUGGCGCAGGUUGCGGAGUGGCUGGCGCAGACCGAGGAAAGGCUUCGCCACGACAAGCUCGCUUUGGGACAGAUGGACGCCGCCACCGUAGCCUCUAAACUGGCUGAACACCAGUCUAUCCUAAGUGACCUGGACGAAGUGAAGAAGUGGCUCGCCGACCAGAAAUCGUCGCCGGCCAUCAUGGCCACCGUGGCUCCGGAGCACUUGGCCGACAUCGAGCAGCGGCUCGAAGCCCUGUCCUCGCUCGUCUGCAAACGCCAGCUGCUGCUGGAGAUGGAGCGGCGCAAGCUCGCAUUGAUGGCGCUCGUGCGAUCCGUCGAACAGCACGUCGCCCAGCUGGAACAGAAGCACGGAUCUCGCUCUCAGGUCGAGGAGCUCCUGAGAAGGCACAGGGACCUCCUGGAAAGGGACCAGGUGUUCCAGCAGUUUGACCGCCUCUUCAGGGAGCUCCAAGAGGCCUUGGACAUGUGCCAGAGGGGAUCGGCCCUUGGAUUCCAAGAGGUCGACGACCAGGCCAGGUUCUUGGGUGACAUUCACGACCACUGGACCAAGCUAUCAGCCCGCCUACGCACCUCUGGCAACAUUCUCAGCGAGGUCGUGGUUCAGUGGCAGAAGUAUGACGCCCUCUACAGACCUGUUGUUCAGUGGCUGGAUCAGGCGGAAAUUGCACUCCAGUCCAGUCUUCCUCAGAAACAGGAGUUCUUCCAGGAUCUUCCUUCUUGGAACGAAAAGAAGAAGAAUGUUGUUGAGUCUGGAGACUACCUUGCUGCAACCUGCAGAGAUGAUAUUGCAUCAACUAUCAGAGCCCAAGUUCAUUCCAUCAAGCAACGAUGGGACUCGCUAUAUCCACAGAUGCACCCCUUCCUGAGCAGCGGGGAAUCACUGCGGGCAACGCAGCAGUUCCAGACAGGCCUGGACAACCUCAAGCACUGGCUGCAGCAGGCAGACCACCUCCUCACUGCCCACGUGCCUUGUGAUGUGCCUUCCCUGGAACAGCACGCUGAGGACCUGAAGAGGUUCCAGAACACAAUGGAAGAACAGCGGUCGCAGUACAAAGCCCUGUCCAGAACAGCUCAGGUUCUGGUUCGAGACCUAAGUCGUACAGAAGUUGACAAGAUGAUGGCUGACAUGAAGAAGGAAAAAGAAAACCAGGUUCGCAUGGAAGCACGUUGCUCUCAGCGGCUUUGCACUGUGACCCAAGUGACAUCCCUGGUCCGUGCCCUGGACGCCGACCUGGAUCGUCUGGAUCGCUGGCUCGACAAGGCGGAGGAUGCCAUUGCUACUUACGCUGUGCCGAACACACAGACACUGGUGCUGGAGCAGCUUGAGAAGCACAAGGCAUUCUUCUCUCAACUGGCUCCCAUGAAAGCGCUCCUGACGACGAAAAACAAGACGCAUCGGGAGCUAAGGGAGGAAGUUGGGGCCUGCCCGGGUCUGGACACGUCCAGGGUGGAUGCCAGGAUGGCCCAGCUCAAUGAUCGUUUCCAGAACUGUUCCUCAUUGGCUGAGCAGUGGGAGCGUGCCCUGCAAGAGGCGGCCAACAGGUGGGAGAACAUCAAUGACGCCGAGAAGAAAGCGCUGGACUGGCUCGGCAAAGCAGAGAUGCAUGUCUCUGACAAGAGGGAUCCUGAAGCUGCCAGGGCCUUCUUCAGCAAGCCCUACGAACACAUUUUGCUUCGGGUGAUCCAGACAAGCAAAGAUGUUCUCGCCACUUUGCCUCCUGAAGACCACCCACCUAUCGAGGCCAGGGUUCAGCACAUCAAGGAAAAAUGGAAGGCUGUACAACAGAAGCUGCCUCGGCUCAACGAUGAUGAGCUGUUCUCGGAACUCCGGGAAUCAUUUGACCGAAACCUGGAGACCCUCAGCAAGGAGCUGGACGAAGAGAAGAAGCUCAUUGACAAGGGCGGAAACCUUCGUGUCAUUUUGACACGUCAUGAAGAGUACUUCAACAAGUCCCGGGAGAUGGGCACGCUGCAGGACUGCCUAGAAGAGAUGCAGCAGCUGGCACAGUCAUGCCCCAGCCACCAGGCGCCCCUGUCCGACUGCCAGAGCCGCUUCCGGGUGCUGCACGAGCGCAUUGUCACUACCAACCGCAUCCUUCAAGUGCCCAAGGAUGAGUGGGUCGAGUACUCCAAGAAGUUUAACGGAAUCCUUACCUGGAUGGACCAAGUGGAUCAACGAAUUGAGCAACUCAUGCAGAGCGAUACCAGCUCAGCCUCCGCCUACGAAACGCAGAGAACCGAGUUCUUGGACAUCUGCGAGACAGUCGACGCUCGCCGGGGUGACCUGGACUGGCUGAACCAGCGGCUGGAGUCUCUGGUGCCGGGCAUGGAGCCUGAGGAAGCCAAGAAGGAGAAGGAGCGGCUGGCUGGCUUGGUGGCUCGUUACGGUGCCCUCUUGCCCGUCAUGGAGACCACUACGAUCGUUUCCGAAACCGUCUCCAAGUGCUAUCUGUACCGAGAGGAAGUCACCCAGGUCACGCGCUGGCUGAGAGAGGUGCGAGAGUCCAAGGUGGUCCCUGAAGAAAUUCCUCUUGACAGUCCAGAGAAGCUGGAGCAGAUGGUGCAGAAACAAAAGGAAGUGGUGGAGGAGCUUGAGAAGCGUCAGGGAAGUGUCCUGGAAAGCAUCAAGUCGGGAAAAGACCUGCAAACUGUGAAGGGUGCCCCAGAAUUCGUGUCUAGCGACGUGAAGAAGCUGGAAGAAGAAUGGUCCCAGGUUUACCACGAAGCGAUCGAAAAACUUGACCGUAUGACAAAGGACAGCCAGCGUUGGCAGGAGUUUGAGAAGCUUCGGCAAGACAUUCUGCGGCUUCUGGCUCAGGCCGAGCAGGAGCUAGUCAACAUCGGACUCCUGGCUGACAUGGAGCAGAAGAAGCUGGAACAGUGCAUCAAGGAGAAGCAGGAAGCCGCCAAGAAACUGCAGGAGUCGAUGGACAGCAUGCUUUCCCGGCUGCGAGCUCUGGCCGACGAGCUGUCUGCACAGCUGGGCCCCCAGAGGGAGACCCUGCUGCGUGCCGAGCUGGACAAGACGGAGCGCAAGACAACUACCAUCCUGACCACAGUGCACGAGACAGUACAUCGGCUGGAGACGGCAGCCACCAAGGGCACCGACCUGUCCGACCGCCUGUCCCGCCUCAGCCAGUGGCUGGACACGGCUCAGGACAAGCUGACAGCGGCCACUGAUGGACCGGUACCCGAGCAGCUGGAGGAAGUCCAGGACCUGAGCAAGGAGAUUGAGGCCAAGCGUGAGGUCCUGGAGCAGCUGGAGAAGGAGACGCAGGAGCUGCAGGGUCAGCGGCCGGAGCUGGCCCAGAUGGCCACGUCGCUGCAUUCGCAACUCAAGGAGCUCGACCAGGAGGGCAAGGAGAUGAAGCAGGAGCUCAGCGACCGGCAGAUCCGCAUCGAGGUGCUCCGUGAGCGCACCAUCCAUGAGCGCAAGGAGCUCGAGGACACGGAGGCCAACCUGGACCAGGGCCUGCCCACGCCGGACUCACUCGAGCAGCUCGCCGCCAAGCAGGAGCAACUCCGGAAACUUUACGAAGUCACAAAAAAGAAGAUCGAUGCCCUCUAUGAACUGGCCGCCGAGGCGGGAUCAGAUGAACCAGACCUGCAGCGCACGUUGGCUGAAAUCAUGGAGCGCUGGAAACAAAUCAAGAACAUCUUGGAGGCUUGGCUGGAAUCGCUCGGCAACACGGGCGAGAAGUGGAAAGUCAUCGUGACGCGAGUAGAAGAAGUCGUCACCUGGGUGACCGAGAAAGAGCGGCAGAUGGAAGAACCGCUGAAAGGGACCACACCCCCUGAAAUGGAGAAGCAGAAGGAGUCGCUCAGGAACCUUGCCAACGAAGUGACCCGCAAACAGCAAACCCUGAGUGAAUUGCAGAGCAGCAUUGAACAGCUUGGGCCUGGUUUGUCCCACACUGCAUUGUCAGCCCUGCAUGCUCAGGUUUCUGAGCUGCGGAAGCGUGCCAACGACCUGGCGACCACAGUGCGCCAACUGGUGAGUCAGCUGACUUCUCAACUGUCAGAGCGGGAGGAGCUAAUGCGACGUGUGGAGCUAUGCCACGCGGUGCUCAACCAGCUGAGGCAGGAGGCUGAGGAGGCCAGCGAUAUCAACAUGGGCCAGCUGGAAGGGCAGCUACGCAAAGUGCAGAUAAUGAAAGAGGAGCUAACGAGCAAGAAGACUGAAAUUGAGAUGCUCGGGCAGACACUGUCCGAGCUCUCCGAGACUCUCGCACCGGAGCCUUCUGAACAGCUCCUCAAGAGCCUGGAGAGCCUAAGGUCAACGCUUGAGGAACUGUGCAAGCUUCUGGAGAAGCGAGAGGAACUCCUGCAGGAUGCCGUCAGGUUCCAGUCAUGGCAGAAAGAUUUUAUAGAGCAGGUGCGGCUGGUGCAGCAAAACGUGGAGUCCCAGCGUGCCAAGGUGGAUAACCUCGAGGAGACGGCCAAGGAGCUGCGCAACCUGAAUGAGCAGCUGAAGAAGAAAGUUCCCGAGGCCACCAGGACUGACAAGUUGGCCACGCAGGUGCAAGUAACAUUCAGGGACAGCAGCACCAACAAUGUAACAAGCCUGCGUGGACAAACCGACAAGUUGCAGGGCCACCUGGACAAGGUGGGGAAAGUGCUGCAGAAGAAGCAAGAAGAGGUCACUCAACUGGAGAACAAGUGGGACAACUUCAACAAAAAGCUGGUGGACAGCAAGCAGUUUGUGACCACCACGACUGAGACGCUGCACCGCCUGCAGCCCAAGUCGGCCACGCCCGAAGCCCUCGCUGCCAUGGUCAAUGAAGUGGAACAACUCCAGAAGAAGCUUAAGGAGCAGCAGAACGCUCAGGAGUCCACCCAGCAGUUGGGUCGUUCGCUCAUCGAAGCGGAUGCGUCGUGCUUCCCCAAGGUCCAGGAACCACUGGGCUCCCUGGCCUCCGACUGGGAGAACCUGUCCUCUGAAGUGACCAGGACGCUCAAGCUCUUGGGAUCCACCCAGAGCUUGUGGAAGGAAUGUCGACAGCUGGAGAACAAGCUCGACGACACAAUGGACAAAGUGGAGAAAACCCUCGAAGAGGUGCAGGCUUCUCCGGCUGAAGACGGGAAAUCUCUCACUGAGAAUGCAGAAAAAGUUGGAGCUCAGCAGGAAGAAGUUCGCAAGCAACAACCAGCCUUUGACUCGUACCAGCAGAAGACGCAGGAGCUCAUAGAGAAAACCGAAGCCAUCGAGAGCCUCGCCCCGGCUGGCGAAGAGCUCAAGGAGUCGCUCAAGAAUCGCGAGGACCGCUGGCGCAAAGGGGCCCAGAUGUUGCAGUCCAUGCUGCGCGACCUCGAGGGUCGCUACAAUGUCUGGAAGCAGGCCGAGAUGACCCGCGAGGAAAUUCUCGCCUGGCUCGAGGACAUCUGCCAGUGCAUGCGCGGGGCCCUGGACCACCUCGCCCAGGGAGAGCAGGGACGAUCUGUGCUGGACCGCUACGAGACGGAGCUGGAGACCCAGCAGCAGCUGUUUACAAACCUCCAGGAGCAGCUGGAGUCGCUGGACAUGCCACAGGCUCUGGACUCGGCUCGCAGUUCCAUCCAGUGUGGCUUUGAAGAAGCACAGGACCUGGCUGACCGCCUGCGCUCCAUGCUGAGCCAGGUGGAGGAGCAGGAGGCUGACGUCAAGACUGAGAUGGACAAGUUUUCCGACUGGCUGCGUCAGCAGAAGGAGGCCCUGUCACGCUGCGAUAACACCACGGGCUCUGACGAAGUGUUAUUGCAGCGUCUGGAGGAGUGCCGGAAACUGGAAGAAGCUCUGAACAAAAAUGAUGGCUUGGCCCGAAUUGAGGAGAAGAUGGCCAGGCUGGUGCGCAACCAGCCAGACCUGGAGGUGCGCCACCUUCAGAGGGAACAGGACAAGCUGAAAGCCAGGCUCGAAGCAGCCAAGAACCAGGCUUCGAGGGCUGCAGCAGCACUGCUCUCCAUUCUCGAUCGCCACCACCAGGGAACGCUGGCCGAACUGCAGCACUGGCUGUCCACGGCCAACGACAAACUGGCGUGGUGCAGUGGAGGUGCCGAAGGAGCCACGCAGGGUGACCGCUUUGGCCUCGAGGCUCGGCUGGUCACGUUGCAGGAACUGGAAUCUACCCUGGAGCAAGGAGAGAAGCGACGCGAGCAAUACUGCAAUGCCGUCAACCUGCUGAGCCAGGCGUGCGCGCCCGAGCGCGUGCCCUCGCUGCAGGAUGAGUGCAGCCGCAUCUGCACCGAGUGGUCCACGUUCACCUCGACCCUGACCGAAACGAGGGAGGCCCUCAAGCGCAGCCUGGACCAGUGGCAGCACUUCGAGACGCUGUUCGAGAGCCUCUCGGAUUGGCUGCGGGAUGCCGAGGCGAGAGCCAAGAGCGAGGCCGCCAGUCAAGUCGACCUUCCCUUGCUCAAGGACCAAAUUUCCAUCCUGAAGUCCUUGCUGGAAGAAGUGCAUGGCCAGAAGCCCAGCAUGCAGGAGCUGGAGUCAACUGUGGCCAGUGUCACGGCUCACGUGCCGGACACCCAAGUGCCCAACCAAGUGUCCCAGUUGGCAGCCCGGCUGAUGAACUUGGAAGCCACACUGCAGGGUGCACUUGCACAGCUUGAGCAGCUGGAGCAGACGCAGAAGGCCUUCGAGCAGGCCAAGCAAGACCUGCGUGACUGGCUGUCCCAAAUGGAAGCCAGUCUGGACGGCUGCAAGAACGUCCCCGGUGACCAGAAGGCAUUGGAGGCUCACCUGAAGAGGCUGCAGGAGCUGCAGAAGCAGAAAGGAGCUGGACAGGCACUGCUCAAUGCGGUGGUGGACAACGGUGAAGCCAUGUACCUCUCACUCAGCGUGGAGAGCCGGGACCUGGUGCGCAAAGAGACCAGGGGCCUGCGUGACGCCUGGGACUCGGCCUGGGACAAGCACACCGCCCUGGUGAAGGGACUCGAGUCCUCUCUCAUGGCUUGGAGUGGAUUCCAGGACAGCUGUGGCCGAGUUGCCUCGUGGCUUGCGGACAUGAACACGCUUAUUGGAAGUGACGUGGAACUCAAGCCGAAUCUGUCUGAGAAGCAGUUGCAGCUCCAAAACAUCAGGGCACUGUCCCAAGAUGUGAUGUCACAUCAAGCAGUGGUCUCCAAGCUGCAGACCAAGAGCCAGGAGCUCAAAGAGACGUCAAUGGCAGGACAAGUUGACGGCUUGGUGUCCAACUAUGAAGCACUCUGCGCUCGGACAAAGGCAAACAUUGCUCAGUGCGAGAAGCGCGUGAGUGAACACGAAGCCUACCAGCAUAGCCUUGAACGCUUCCUGGACUGGGUCAGCACGCUUAAGGCUACUGUUGAUGGACCCGAGGAACAGGGUGACAUGGAAGCCAUCAAGGCCAAGAUGGCUGCAUAUGCGCUGGUGUUGGAGAGCGAGCCAGAGGCCUGCGCCAAGCUGGAGCACCUGCGGGACGCCCUGGAGUCGCGCGUGCUGCCCGGCACCUGCCCGUCGGGACACGAGGCGUUGCAGGAGCAAUACGCAGCUGCCCGAGCCCAGUGGGAGGCCCUGCUGGACACCUGCGAGGAGGGCCACUCCCACGCCAAGGAGACGCUGGACCGCUGGGACGAGGCCACCAAAACGCUGGACGAGCUGGAGCAGUGGCUGGCAUCUCAGCGGGCCCGCUGCCAGGACAUCCCGCUGCAGGCCACUGCGGAGGCCAAGCGACAGCAGCUGGACACCCUGAAGAAAGUGGAGCAGGACGUCGUUGCCAAGGAAGGGGACUUUUCUGCGCUGUCCAAGAACGCCCAAGCCGCACCAACAGACACCAUUAUGACACCUCAGCUGGACAAACUGCGCAGCAAAUACCACCUGCUCAGAAACACCAUCAAGGAGGCCGUAGCCAAGUGGGAGAAGCUGGCCAAGCAGCACGAGGCCUUCGACAAGCUUCUGGCCGAGCUUGAGGAGUGGCUCGCGCAACCAGAAAAGGAACUCGACGAGAUUGUUGACGCCAAGGCUGACCUGGCCUCAACGCAGGAUCAGAAGAACAAACUUGAGAACUUGAGCGAUCGCCUGGCCCAGCGAAGCAGCAGCAUGGAUGAGCUCGUGGAGUCUGGCGAACGCCUGUACUCUCACACCGCACCCGAUGGCAGGGAAACCAUCCGGCAGCAGCUCAGGCAUGUCAAGGGUCGCUGGCAGACCCUGGUGGAGCGGUCAACCGAAGCCCUGGCCGAACUGGACCAACGACUGCAGCAGUUGUCGGGCCUGUCCCAGAGUCAGGACCAGCUGCGCCAGUGGAUCGAGGAUGUCAAGACGGCCCUGGACAGCUGCAGCCAGCCCCGGGCCACGCUUCAGGAGAAGAAGGCUCAGCUUCAGACGCACAAGGUGGUUCACCAAGACAUCAUGUCCCACCAGCCAGCCAUAGACAGUAUGUGCGAGCGUGCCCAGAACCUUUCAGCCACUGCUGCUGGCAAGGACACUCUCGGAGACCACGUUCAGAGCACCAGGGCUGCUUUCCAGGAGCUCUGUACAAGGUCGCAGGGUUUGACUGGCCAGCUGACGUCAGCUGUGGAAGAUCACCAGAAGCUGGUGGACAAGGUGGUGGCCUUCCAGGACUGGAUCCAGAGCUUCCAGGAUCAGCUGCAGGAGCAUAAGGACACCACGGGAGAGAAGAAGGCCAUUCAGGGACGCCUUGAACAGCUUACGGAACUGACCGAGAAGAGCAAAGAGGGUGAGGUGCUGCUGUCCGAGGUCCGAGAGCAGAGCCAGGUAGUGUCGGCCUGCAGCUCCCCGCAGGGCCAGGCGCUGCUGUCGCGGGAACUGCAGGGGCUGCAGGAGCUCCUGGGCAAGACGCUCACCUCACUGCAAGAGGCACGGCGCAACCUGGAGAACACGCUGCAGCAGUGGGGGGCGUACGAGUCGCACCUGGCCUCCCUCACCCAGUGGCUGUCGGACACGGAGGCCGAGCUGCGCGCCCCUCAGAUGCCCGCCACGCUCGCCGACAAGGAGGCCCUCUCUGCACGUGGAAAGGAGCUGCGAAGCAAGAUUGCUGAGAAGCAGAAGAGCGUGGACAGCUUUAUCGACGAGGCCCACUGCCUUCUCCAGCUGUCCGGCGUGGAGCUCGUGCGAGCACAAAUGUCGCAGUGCAACGCCAGAUACCAGUCCCUGCUGGCAACGAUAAAGGACUUGGCUGCUCGCUGGGAAGGCAUGGAGAAAGACCAGCGAGAGUACGAGAAGGCCAUGGCUAGCUGCAACGCUUGGCUCGACGAGGCGGAGCAGACGCUGAGUGAAAUCCAGAGUGACACUGCAGCACCCGAAGAGAAGCUCACUCGACUUGAGACAUUGGUUGUGGGCAAGGUUCAUGGCCAGCAGCAGCUCAACCUGGCUUCUCGCCUUGGAGAGCACCUGUACCAGGAUACCGCCGCUACAGGAAGAGAUCAGGUGCGGCUUGAGCUGCGUGAACUGCACGAGCGAUGGGAAUCUUUGGAGUCCAAGAUCGCAGAACUGCAGAAGCAGCUGCAAUUGCAGAGCCAUGCUCGCAGCAGCUUUGUUGAUUCACUGAGCCAGGUCCAGAUGUGGCUCGACAAUGCUGAAAAGACCGUUGCCGAAGCCCGAGACAAGCUCCCGUCACUCCAGGAAGCACAGGGGCGUCUACACUCACUCAAGCUGCUGCAACAAGAAGCAGUGCUGCAGCGAAGGCAGCUGGAUUCUUUGGAAGAGAUGUCACGGGGCGAUGCAUCAUCUAAAGAGAGUCUCGAGACAACAUCAACACGCCUUGGUAUUGUCACUGAAGAACUGAAGACGUUGCUGGCCAGCCUCGAGAAGCUGUCGGCGCUGGCACAGGAGCAACGCGAGCGCAAGGAGCAGCUCGCCGCCUGGCUUGAGCAGAUGCACGAACGACUCGACCUGUGCCGAGACAUCACCGGAAGCCGACCCGUGCUCAAGACCCGCCUCGACAAGCUUCAGGAGCUGGAGAAGCAGCAGCCCGAAGGGGCGUGCAAGGCCCAGGCUCUGGCCGAGUGUACCGCGACGCUCGUGACGCUGCUGACACCGCGCGAGCGGGCCGCGCUGGAGCAGGAGAGCGGCACGCUGGAGGGCAGCGUGGCACGGCUGGGCGCCGAGGUGGAGCAGGCCCGGCACGCGCUGUCGGCGCAGCUCCGCCUGUGGGACGCAUACGAGGAGCACUACGAACGACUGCUAGGCUGGCUGCAGGGCGCCGAGCAGACGGUGCAGCAGUUUGCCCUGCAGGCCACCCUCGACGAGAAGAGGCAGCAGCUGGACAAGUUCCAGAGCCUGCUGAGCGAACUACAUGCCACAGAACGAGACUUCGACUCCCUCUCGGACAAGGCUCAGGAGCUGAUGGUGUCCAGCGGAGAGAUGCGGCUUUCCAUGGCUGUCAGCCAGCUCACCGCACGCUUCCAGUCUCUCUUGGAGACCUGCAAGGAAUUGGUGAAGAAAUGCGAGCAGCACGUUCAGGAUCACUCCCAGCUCGAGAAGAAGCACGCCGAGUGCGCCAAGACUCUAGCCCAAGCGCAAGAAAUGUUUGUUGAAAUUCAGGCGCUUCCAAGCGGCAACAAGGAGAGACUCACCCACAAGCUGGCACAAGUGAAGGAGCUGCUGCAGGGCAAGAGUGAGGCCCUGAACCUGGUGAAUGCGACGGUGCAGAUCGCCGAGCAGGUCCAGGUGGGCAGCUCCCCCGAGGGCUGGAAGGCCAUCCAGGGACUCCUUCAGCAGCUGCAGUCGGCCUACGAGGCUGUCUUCGACAAGGCCCAGAACCUGGAGCGCGUGCUGCAGUCGUCACAGUUCCUCUGGUCCGAGUACCAUGAGGCCCUGCAGAGGCUGCAGACCUGGCUCAAGGGCCUCGCGGCCAAGGCCGAGGGGGCCUCGCGCCUCUGCACCACUCUGGACGAGAAGAAGGCGCACCUCCGCACUUGCCGAGGUCUCCUUGCAGAGCUUAACGAACGUGAGCAAGCCAUAGAAGACAUCCAGAUCAAGGCCGAAGCCAUUGCUGACCGUGACAAUGAAUCCCAAGAGAUGCUGGACGCUGUGGUUAAGGGCCAUAAAGAACAGACACAGAAGCUACAGGAGGCAGUGAAGUUCUUGGAGGAUGCAGUAACCCAACACGAAGAGCUUAGCAAGCACUUGGGCAAUGUCCGAGACUGGCUGAGUAGCAUGCAGGAACAAGCCGUGGCACUUUCGAACCUUGGCCUCGACCAGCUGGCUUUGUACAGCAAUUUGGAAAGGCUCAAGGCGAUCGAGGCCAGUUUCGGCACCCAGGAUGAGGAGAUGAAACGAGCCGAGAAGCAGCUGCCUGUUGUGCUUCAGAGUACCCUGCCUGCUGGCCACAACGUUGUGGUGGGAGAACUGGAUGCCUUGAAGCAGCAAUGGCAGGUGGUGAGUGACAUGGUGACUCGGGCACGCGAGUCCCUGGAACAACUGCUGAGCCGGUGGGAGGAGCACCACGUCCAGGUGGAGAAGCUCCAGCAGUGGAUGUCGGAGCGGGAUGCCGAGCUGCAGGGGCUGCUGCUCUGCGACACGCUUGAGGCCAAGAGAAGCCGCCUGGAAAAGCUGCAGGAGACGUUGCGGGAUUUGCGAGCGAAGGAACUUGAGGUGGAUUCCCUGACCGAAAGAGCACAGCAGCUUCACGGAGGCCACAGCACACGUCGCAGUAGCCGUCUCGCUGAUUUGGCUCUGCGUUACCAGCAGCUCCUAGUUGCCCUCACGGAGGCAGUCACAAAGUGGACCCAAUACGUCACCAACCACCAGACCCUGGACAAGCAGGUGGCCGACGCUCAGCAGCAGAUCAAGCAGGCCAACGAGAAGCUCGACCAGUGCGAACUGACGGAUGGCUCGCUGAGUCAGUUGGAAAGCAAGCUGGCCAUCAUCCAGGAGGUGUCGCACAACAAGGAUGCGCUGGUGUCGCUAGUGCAAUCCGCCACCGAGCAGUGCCAGACGGUGCUGGGUGAGACGGCCCCCGUGGGUCACGGACCCCUGAGCCGGACCCUGCAGAACCUCACCGAGGCCAAGCUGGCCCUGCUGCAGCGACUGUCAGCUCUGAGGGCCACCCUGGACCACGCCCGGCAGCUCUGGGGAGGCCUGAGCACACUCACCAAGCAGGUUCUGUCUGCUGUGGAGGGCAUAGAAGCCUCCUUGGUAGAUGCAGGCAAACUGCAAGAGACCCUGGCUGAAAAGAAGGCACACGCCGAACGAUCAAAGGUCCUGGAGCAACGUCUUCUGCAAGAACAAGCACAGGUUGACAACUUGAAAUCACGAGCCGCCGAGCUAGCCAAGAGUCACCCGGGCAACGAGCAUUCAGAACCAGCCUUCGAAGCUGUCGAGCGGUUCAAGGAUGCAUGCAAGCGUGCAGAGAAACUUGUCGAGACCACGGAGAAGGCGUACAGGAGUCACCUCGACUUCAAGAACGCCUGCGACGACUUGGUGUCUUGGUUGCGUCAGCUGAGAGAAAAAGUGCCACCGUUCACCCGCUCGCUGAGUGACAGGCUCAGCCUCGAAUCGAGCAUAUCAGUUCUGGAGGACCUACUGGCCAAGCGUGCAGAAGGAAACUUGAAGCUCGAUGCAGUGGUCGCUGCUGCCGAGACAACAAAGGCUUCUACGUCGGAGCCUGGCAUUGCACUUUUGGACAAUCAGGUCUCUGCACUUAAGGGCGACCUCACAAGCCUUUUUGAUGAGAUUUCCACCACAAAGGAAAAGCUGGGCACAACAUGCUCUCAGCUGCGGGAGUUCCGCGAAGAGUACGAGCACAUGAGUGAGUGGCUGCAGCUGAUGGAAGACGACAUCAAGAACCAGCGAACACUACUGUGGCCCACACUGGAAGAGAAGAAGAAGGCAUUUGAAACGGCACAGGGUCUUGUGGAAGAGCUCGAGAAAGGUCACGAGACCCUGGACAGGGUGACCUUACUCGCCCAGGGCCUGCUAACAUCACACUUGGACACCUACAUCCGCAACCAGCUCACGCUGGUCAGCUCGCGAUACCAAGUCACUCUCAAUUUGGCCAAGGAUCUCCUUGGAAGGGCUCGCGACGUCUACAAUCAGCACGAGCAGUACCGCACCGCCGCGGUGGCCGCUCGCGAAUGGAUGGACAGCAUGGCCGCUUCCCUGGCCGAGUGUUCAGGCCCAACCACUGCCAAGAGCGAUGUGGAGGCGCAGCUUGCCAAAGUGCAGGGUAUGGUGAGGAAACAAGACGAAGGCCACGCCCUGGUGCACGCAGCCCUGACGGCCGGCGAGAAGACCCUGCGAGGCACGCACACGUCUGGCAAGGCCCCGCUCAACCAGGAGAUGCAGGACCUCCAGAAGCAGUGGGACCGCCUCGUGCUCAAACUUUCCGAUGCCAAGGUAUCUCUGGAGACAGCCCUUCUUCAGUGGACCGACUACAGUUCUUCGGAGCAGCGCCUCCUCCAGUGGAUUGCAGACCACGACAAUCAGCUGGAAGAAGUCAAGAAGAAACGCCAGAGCACCUCCGUCAAGGAGUCGGUCACGCAACGCAAGGCCAGGCUCAGGAGGGCCAACAGCCUUGUAAAGGAUGUCGAGUCAUUCGAGCCCAUGGUUGAGUCUCUCGCCAUCAAGGCUCAGGAGCUCCAGCAGACCUCGGCAGCCCCCAAGCCCGAGAUCUCGGGAAAAUACAACAAUCUGGCUGGCUCUGUCAAGGAAUUUCUGCGGCAGCAGAAGUCUGUCAUGGGCCAUCUGCAAGAGUUCAUGGACGCCUGUGCUAACCUCAGUACCUGGCUGGAACAGGCGCAGGAAAAACUGAACAAGUGUGCGGAGCCUUCGGGUGACCGCAAUGAGCUGAGAAGCAAACAUGGCACACUGAAGGUGCUGGAGGCCGAGCAGGAGGAAGGGCAGAAACGGCUGCAGCUGAUGCUCGCCCUGGCAGAGACGGCGCGUGGCUUCAUGGAGGACGAAGCAGAACAGCAGCACGUCGACCAGGAGGCUGGCCAGCUGGUCAAGGCCGUGGAGGAAUUCGAAGAACGCAUGGCACAGGUCAAAUCUGCGCUUGAUGUGGGCCUGGUCAAGUGGGACGAGUACGAGGAACAGUUCCGCCGUUGCCAGGACUGGCUGAAUCAGCAUGAGCCACAGGUUCGCUCGUUCCAGCAACUGCAGCCUGACCUCGAGUCCAAGCGGGUCAAACUGGAAGAGUUCCAGUUCUGUGUGAGUGCAGCUUGA